AUGAAUUUGUUCUCACCAAGUUUGAGGUAUCUCAUAAGUCUUGUAUACUGUAUAGGCUCCAAUCCUUUCUCAUCCAAAGUCACUACCGUAUUAGCUACAUCCUACGCCGAUUCUGAGUUUCGUGACGCUCUAUCGCUCUUAGAUGGGCGCGGGAUCGCUAACUCUGCCGCCACAAGGCGGCAGCUGCGGCUGCAUCUCCAGAAGGAGGUCAUUGAAAGUAAUGGAGACAUCAUUGCUGAGUUCGGCAAGGUUUCCGAUCAACUCCGACGAAUAGGUGCCACUAUUACCAAGCUCAACAAGAGUUACGAUGAGAUGAAGAUUCAUAUCUCUGCAGCUCAUAACGCGACAUCGUCCGUUAUUGAUGACGCCUCGACUCUCAUGACACAGCGUCGUCAGGUUGAGACCAAGCAGCAGCUUCUUGUGGCUUUCAACAAGCAUUUCUCCCUUUCCGAAGACGAAUUAGCGGUGUUGACCUCAACUGCAGAGCCAGUCGAUGACCAGUUCUUUGCUGUUCUCACCAAGGCCAAGAGGAUACGCAAGGACUGCGAGACUCUGCUUGGCUUUGAGAAUCAGGCUCUUGGGCUCGAGAUCAUGGAACAAACCUCCAAGAACCUCAACCUGGCCUUCCAAAAGCUGUACAGGUGGAUCCAGCGUGCAUUCAAGACCCUCAACCUCGAGAACCCUCAGAUGGGGUCAUCCAUACGGCGGGCGCUUCGCGUGCUGGCUGAGCGUCCGUCCCUCUUCCAGAGCUGUCUGGAUGUCUUUGCCGAGACCAGGGAACAAGUUCUAUCGGAUGCUUUCUUCACCGCAUUGAAAGGCUCUUCCCCUUCUGGUGUUCAAGACCGAUCAGUCAAACCAAUCGAGCUCGCCGCUCACGACCCAUUGCGAUAUGUGGGAGAUAUGCUUGCGUGGAUACACUCCGCUGCUGUCAGUGAACGCGAGGCUCUGGAGAUUCUCUUCGUCGCCGAAGGAGAUGAGAUCGCCAAGGGCAUCCAGGCUGGACGAGAAAACGAAAUAUGGCAUUUCGCCGAGGAUGGCAAUGAAGAGGUUGCUACUUUCGACCCUGUUACGGCUCUUAAUGAGUUGGUUGACCGGGACAUGUCCGGCGCUGCCAGGAUUUUACGCCAACGCGUUGAACAAGUGAUUCAGACGAACGAAGAGGUCAUUCUAGCCUAUAGGCUGUCCAAUCUCCUCAACUUCUACCGGGUCACAUUUUCUAGGUUACUCAGCCCAGACUCAGUACUGGUAGAGGCAUUACAAGGUCUCGAAUCCGAAGCCUUGCGCCAAUUCCGAUCGUUGAUGAGAGACUACGUGGGCAAUCUACAGACCGAAUUCCAGCAGAGGCCGUCAAGCCUAGAGCCUCCAGAGUUCUUACGCGAAGCUUUCGACCAAUUAUCUGCAGUGAUGAAGACGUACGACACAUCUCUGGCGUCGAAUGGUAGCCGGGAAGCGGAUUUUCAGCCGAUCGUGGCCGAGGCUUUGGAUCCUUUCAUGUCAGGUUGCGAAAGCAUGGCGAAAACCUUGGAACACCCAGCAAGAGCCAUCUUCUCGAUCAACUGUGCAAAUGCGGCCAUUGCGGUGCUGUCGGGGUUUGAUUUCACUCAAGGGCGCACAGAUGAGCUCCGCAAAGAGGUAGACCAGCAGUCUCAGGAGUUGGUCAACAAUCAAUAUCUGUUCUUCAGGAAUGAGUCGGGUCUUGACGCGCUCUUCACGGCUCUGGACUCGCUCUCGGACCAAAAGAAGAACUUUGAAAAAAUGCGGACACUGGAGCCUUUCCAACCAGCGGCGUUGGAGAUCGCAAGUCGUACACUGGAUAACUUCCUUGCCUCUGCUCUCAUGGACGCUGUGGAGAAUGUGCAAGAACUCCAGGACUCACGCCUGGGUCGAGAGAUUACAGAGGAAGCAGCUGAGAGGUUCUGUAUUGAUUUCGGGCGUCUUGAGGAUAUGCUUAUGUCCGCAGACGAAUGGCUUGAUCUGCAGGGUAGUUCAGACGACGGCGGGGAUCAGAGCCUGCGCACUGCAUUUCCCAGGACAGCUGAUGAGAUCCGAGUGUUGCUCUCGUGAUCCACUUCCAAGACAAGUAGCUCUCAGUCAAUUUGGUCAUUUGAACCACUGUAUCGAAACUACUACUCAAACAAUCAACUGCGUAAUAUGC